GGAAGAAAAAGAUUGAUGAAUGAGAAAAUUUUAAGACAGGCAACUAGACAUUUAUUGAAGUACCAAUGUCAUUCGCGCAAACACAGGAAUUAAGGUGGGUAUGGAUUGCAUGGAACGUGAAAUGCAUGGCUGGGGUCUUAUGAAGAUGAAAAUGAAGAGAGAGCACAACAGCAAAACAGCGAACAGAAGAAGAGCAAUCAAACAAAUUCAUGAAAAGGAAGAGAAGAUUCUAUUCGAGGACAAGGUUAUUUGUGGGAAAAGUAGAGUACCCAGUAGAGCUAUCCUGACUAAGAAUUCACUUAUACUGGAUUCGAAUCAUCUCAGACUCGAAGAUAUUCUGAGUGUAUCUUGUGAUUUUAAUAUAUUUCAGGUUUUUAUUCAUUCCUAUACAACAUUUCACACAAAGUGGGUUCCAGCAUUAUUUGGUAUUGCUAGAAGGCGGCAUUGUUGUCUCGAUUUCACUGUCCAAGAUAAAGGAAAAUUAGCAGAAUGGAAAAGUUUUUUGGAAAAACAAGGAUGCUAUGUGAAUUGUACUCGAAUUUUGGUUGGAACAAAAGGCGAUGCAAGUGUUGCAGUUGACUCAGUUUCAGAUGCAACAAUGAUUCGUCAGCCAAGAAAGUCUUUUCUUGUCAUUCUCAAUCCUUGCUCUGGUAAUGGUCAUGCAAGGAAAAUUUACUAUGAUAAAGUUGAGCCAUUGUUCAAGUGGGCAGGCUUGAAUUGCAAAGUGAUUGAGACGAAUGGUCCACAACAUGCCCAAGCUUUGAUUUCAUCAUUUAAUUUCUAUGCCUAUCCAGAUGGUAUUGUAUGUGUGGGAGGAGAUGGAAUCGUCAAUGAGGUCAUAAACGGUCUGAAAAAACAAACAAAUGAGAAAUUUCGAGCUAUACCAAUUGGCAUUAUUCCUGCCGGAUCUGACAAUUCACUGAUAUGGACUGUAUUUGGUAUUAGGGAUCCUGUUACUGCAGCUUUAGCGAUUAUCAAGGGACACAUUGUGCCUACAGGCGUAAUUGCAGCCCAAUGUAACAGAGGUGGUGCAAUGCAUAUAGGUCAUACAACCUUUUAUCAUGGAUUCAUGAGUGAUGUGCUUGAAAUCUCUUUCAAUUGCCAGAGGUUUGGUCCUUUGAGAUAUUUCAUCGCUGGGUUGAUUAAGAUUCUUCAUUUGAGAUACUACGAAUGUGAGAUCGAAUACAUCCCAGCACAGGAAGAAACAGUAAGUUGUGAUUCAGCUUUGUGUAGAAGGGAAACCAACAACGCAAGAAAAACAGCAGUACAAGGAUGUGAUUUCAACAAAAAAAGCAAUUGGAAAUCAAGUGAAGGUUUGUUUCUUGGGAUCAUUAUUUGCAACCAUCAAUGUAAAACAGUACAAUGCCUGAAGUCACAGAGCCUUGCUCCUUAUGCAAAACAUGACGAUGGUUUUCUAGAUCUUCUUUUGGUAGAAAAGAUCAACCUUAUUCAACUGCUUUGGUUUCUAAUAUUGAUGCAAUAUGGUCGGCACAUCUCACUUCCCUUUGUCAAAUAUAUGAAGGUACAUUGUGCAAGGCUCAAAUCUCUGGAAGGUAAAAUAUCAUGUGGAAUAGAUGGGGAGUUGGUAAGAAUGGAUAGUCCAGUAUUUAUUUCAGUGUUUCCUCAUAAAAUGUAUCUGAUUGGAAAAAGAGAUGACUGAACUCAUGAGGGCAAGAAAGCUUUCCUUAAAUCAAUAGGUAUCAGUUUUACCUUUUGACUUUACUUUUGUAGGAAAGGCUAUUUUAUUAAAAGUUUGUCAUGCAAUGUAUAUAAAUUGCUUGUACUCUAGGGUUCAGUUUGACUAUACUUUUGUCUUUUUUUUCCAAAUUCACCAAUAAAAAAGUGUAGACUUUCUUCAUUUUCAUCACAAAAAAUUUCUUUUCAGUAAA